AUUUGAAUGACUUUUGUGUUCUAUAACCUUUAAAAUGGAGUUAAAAAGAUUACAUUCUGAUGUAAUUACAAAAACAAGAAGUGCUUUCACACUGAAUACUGUGUGCCAAUGUAUUUUAGAAUUAGUACUAAAUAGUUUAGAUGCAAAGGCAACAGCCAUAGCUAUAAGAAUCAACCUCAUUACCUUAAGAAUCCAAGUAGUAGAUAAUGGUGAAGGCAUUUUUAGUGAAAACAUGAAAUUAAUUGGUAACAGAUAUUUUACUAAUAAGUGCAAUAACUUGGAAGGGUUAGAAAAGAAUAUCAAAUUCUAUGGGUUUCGAGGAGAGGCACUGGCAAAUCUCAUAGAAUUGUCUAAAUUCGUUAAUAUCACUUCAAAACAUUCAUCAUCUACAAAAACGUUUAGUAAAACUCUUGGGAAAACUAAUAAAGGAGUAGUGAGUUGUGACAAAAAUCGACCAAGUGUUGGAACAACGAUUACAGUAGAAGGAUUAUUUGAUAAUUUUCCAGUACGGAAAAAACGGAUUGUUAAAGAACUAGAGCUAGAGGAUAUUAAAAGAAAUAUUACAAGUCUUAUUAUAAUUCACCCAGCUGUCACGUUUUCUCUUCGCGAUGAUAUUACUGGUGAAUUGGUAUUAAGUAGUCGUAAAAGUGAUGAUAUUCCUUCUGCAUUUAAAAUUGUACAUCCAGAAACUAAAGACGGUAUCGUAAUGAAAAUUUCAAAAGGCAAAAUAUCAAUUAAUUCGUUAUUAUUCAAAGGCUAUGUAGAAAAUAAAAAUAAGCAAUAUAUUUAUGUAAAUAAAAGACCUAUCUAUUCAUCUAAAAUACAGAAGUUGAUAAGUAAAUUGUUCAUUAAAAAUUUAAAAUAUCAAAGAAACAUAGAAAAUAAAAAAAUAUACCCAAUGUAUGUUUUAAACAUAAAAUGUCCAUAUUCCGACGUGGAUAUUCUUUUAAAUCCGUCUAAAACCAUAGUUCAAUUUAAAAAUUGGGAUAGAGUUGAGCAUUGCAUUUUAAAACUAAUCAACUGUUUUUUUGGGAAAACACAAUCUAAAGAAAAUGAUAAUAUAAAGCCUGAGAAAAAGGACGAACGCAUUCAAUCAAACUGUGGUAUUUCGCAAAUUAACGGAGUAGUUCAAGCUUUUGGGUAUAAAAGAAAAAUUGAUUCAAGUUAUAAAUCGGUUGAAAAGCUAAAGAAAGUCGACGAACCUUUGUUGCCAGAAAAAUCUAUUUUAAAAAAUAAUAUAACGGAACAAAACUUAGUAAAUGAAAAUCCUCAUGAAACACAUGAUAUAAUAGACUCGAGCUUUUAUAAAGAAAAAACAAAAUCAUUUAAGAGGCCUUUGCCAAUCACCAUUAUUCCAAAAGAAAAGCAAUUGUGUUUGAAAAAAAAACUUCCUGAAACAAACAAACCUGAAAAAAUAUCUGGAAAAUGUCGAAACGAUGUCUAUUCUUUAUCAACAUUUACUAAUGAUGAAGAUAAGGGUAAAAAUCUAAUUCUUGACAUGUUUUUAAAGUCGACACAAGUGUACAAAAGCGAUGAAAAUAUUCAAAAUUCUUCUCAAGGAAGCGGAGAAACAAUUUAUGAAGAAGAAUCAAAUUUUCAUAUGGAAAAUAACGUUCAAACUAACUAUAAUGGUAAAAGUAAAACGAUGUCGAUAUCUGUAAAUUUGAAAAAUACUAAAAAGAUUAAAAGGCACAGAAAAUUAAUAAGUGAAAAGUGCAUACAAACAACGUUUGAUAAUAAAAUGGUCUCGAAAGGAAUUCAAACUACAAUAAAAGAUAAUAAAUCUAUAUUUCAAGACGGCGAAAACAAAACUAUGAUACCUGAAAAUUAUACUUUAAUGUUUACUAAUAGUAAUAAUACCCAGUUUAAAUUUGUAUAUAAGAAGUCACAAUCGCCAAAGAAAUUUGAGUUUGCCUACGCGCAAACCUGUAGCUGUAAUUGUCAUAGUAAUAUAUGUUUCAAUUUUGGAAAAGACGAUUCCAAAACUAAUAAUUUAUUGAAUAAAAAUAUGAGAGAAUGGAAAAAUUUUGAAAAAGAUAAUAAUUGUAGUUUACAUAACAGAAACGAUGUUAACAAUGUAAAUCUGAAUCGCAAUUGUGAAAAGAAAUUCUGCUAUUAUGGAAAAAAUAACUACAAAUAUAAUUGUUUAAAUGGUCGGAAACUUAUCCCAUUUAAGUAUAAGAAUUAUGAGUUACCUAAAAAAAAUAACAUAAAGUUGACUACAGAAUAUAAAAAUAAUUUUCCCGAAUUUAGAAAAAAGGAAAAUAAUUAUUUAGACAGUUUAAACAGACACAUUCAACAUUCAUUAGAACCAACAAUAAAGGAAAAUACAAAUUUUGGUGAAAAUGUAAAUCUGAUUUCAGAUUGGCAAAGGAAUAUGAACAAAAAAAUUAAAUUGAAUAAAAAGCAAGAUUAUGAACAAAGUCCUUAUUUCAUACCUAAAAAACAAAUAAUUUCUUCUGAACAAUGUAAAUCAAAUUAUUUCAACAUUCAGAAUAUUCAUAAAAAUAAACAUAAUCAUUACAUGCCACUUAUAAAUCAGAAUUACAAGUUUAAUUUAUUUAAAAACCAAAAUGUAGAUCCAUUUUUAGACACAAAUAUUCCAUCUUUUGCUCAGUUUAAACCAUUUUACAAAAGUACACAACAAAACCAAUACCCCAAAUGGGAUUGUUAUCCAAAUACAGAACUUGAUCAAAAUUUUUUUCAUUUAAACCCUAAUGUUCUACCGAAAUAUAAAAAAACCGAAGAUAUAAAUGCCCGUUCAGAAAUAAAAUUUGCCUCGUUUGAGCAAUUUAAACCAAUUUACAAAAGCACACAGAAUAAAAACUUGGAAAAAAAUUAUUCAAACUAUCAAUAUCAAAACAAUACAAAUUUUGGACCUCGUGAAGUUACCGUCCAAUCUAAAGAAACGUCCUCUAAAAUGUUAGAUCACGAUUUUAAUAAAAAUACUAUACAACAAAUAGAAGAGUCAAACCAAAAAAUGUCCGAUUUGGUAGUCACACUAUCCGAAAGAGAAAAACAGAACUUGUUGGAUAAAGAACUAGUGGCAGAAAAAAGUAUUUUAAUUAAGGAUUUUUUACAAUGGAAUAGUCAGUUUACCCAUGAAGAAAGUGGUAGACUAAAAGACGAAUGGAAUUGGACAAAACGAGAUCAUUUUGGCACCAGUUAUUAUGUUAAUAAAAAUACAGGGUAUGCUACAUAUAAGACACCAAAAGCAAAUAAUGUGUUCAAACUGGUUGAAAGAUAUGAUUUUUUACCAAAAGGUAUGUCACCAAUACUUAAAGAAGUAAAUAAUGUGGAUAAGUCUUUAAGUCAAAAAGGAAAAGAUACACUUUUUGAAUAUAUCUUAGAAACGUAUAAAAAUGACUUGUUAUUUGUCAAAUGGCAAAAUUACUUAAAUGAUUUAGACGGCAGAACGUUUUUCGAAAACUUGUAUAAAGAAAAACUAAAAAUGUACGAGUCUUGUAUACCGAUUAGUACUGUUAAUACGAAGCAGGAUAUAAUAAAUUUAAAUAGAAACUUAUUCGAAAAUUUGGAAAUUAUUGGUCAACUGGACAAAAAAUUUAUUGUUGCAAAAGAUGUGGAGGAAAAUAUGCUGCUAGUUUUCGACCAACAUGCUGUACACGAAAGGAUACGACUAGAAAAAUUAAUGAACAUUUAUAAGAAUGCAAAAUUCCCAUGCGAAGAAAAACUUAUGUACUUUAUACCUCAAAAUGAGUUAUCGAUGUUAAAGCGACAUGAAUCUUAUUUAGAUUACAUAGGGAUGACCGUAGAAUUUUUCAGUAAUGGUGUUUAUGUUACUGAAGUACCACUUUGUCUUCAUUUCAAAUUUAAAGACGAGACUUCAACAAAAACAUUAAACAAGAUGAUUCAUAUGUUAAUCAAUGAGGUAACAGAACUUCUAAAAUCAACAAGAGGAAUCUCAUUAAAAAUACUACCGACUCUUAUUCAAAAUGUAAUCAAUUUGGAAGCUUGCAGAGGUGCUAUAAAAUUCGGUGAUCGUUUGAAUCUAAAACAAUGUUCAGAACUAUUGAAAAAACUUUCUACCACCGAUUUACCUUUUCAAUGUGCUCAUGGCAGACCAACUGUAACUCCUUUAAUGAAGCUGUCUUUAAAGUCUGAUGAAAAUACUGUAAAUUUCAAAAACUUGAAGAAAACUUCUGUUUAAACUCAUAUUUUCAAUUUGUUACAAUUAAAUUGUUAAAUAAAUUAAAUAAUAAUAAUAAAAAAUAUUUUAUUGUUAAUGA